AUGGCAACAGCUAAACCCCCAACCCCAAAUCAAGCCACCCCAACACAUUCAAAUCUGGUUAGACUCAUUGCAAUAGUCUUACUAGUACUCAUAGUCCUUGUUGGUCUAACCAUUCUCAUCAUCUGGCUAACCAUUAAGCCAAAAAAGUUGGUUUACUCCAUUGAUGAUGGUUCUAUCAACAACUACAAUUUAUCCGAUGGCAACCACCUAAACUCAACCUACAACUUCAUCCUUCGUGCAUACAACCCUAACAAGAAAGUGUCUGUCUACUAUGAUAAAGUUGAUAUUGAGGUUCUAUAUGAUGAUGAAACUCUUAGCAGAGGGAUUAUUGAUCCAUUCCAUCAGCCUAAAAGAAACGCAACCCGUUUUAAGUUGAAUCUUGCAUCACAUGAUGUACAGUUGUCUGAUCAGAUUGCACGAGACCUGAAGACUGAAAGAACGUCAGGUCGAGUUGAAAUGACUGUGAAAUUGAGGGCUAAAAUAAGGUUCAAGGUGGGAGUGUGGAAGUCAAGACACUACCACAUGAAAGUAUCGUGUGCACCUAUAAUGGUUCAUUUUUCUACAUCUUCCAGGGGCUUUCAAAGGACCAUGUGUGAUGUUGAUAUUUAA